AUGUCCUCUCGCCACGAUUACAGAAAGCGGGACCGUAGCUGGGAGCGAGAUGAACGCGACCGCGAUCGCGACAGGGAAAAGGAGCGCUAUGGCAAGUACCGCGAUGCGCCACGAAGGAGUCGGUCAAGAAGCCCUCCGCGCCGGGGUCAUGAGAGAGACAGACGGCCGGCAGUCCGGAGAGAUCACGGGCGAGAAAGGGAUGAUGACCGCAGAGAUCGAGACAGACGGGACGAGCGGGACGGACGCUAUCACGACCGAGGCCGAGAUAGGGAUAGAGACAAGGAUGCGCGGAGAGGGCUUCCACCACUGCCCAGGGAUAAGGAGCACGAUAGAGAUGCACGAGGUGUGGAUGGGCGACCGGACGACAGACGGAGUACUGCUGAACCAGAGCAAAACGGUAGCGGUACGCGGUCUGGCGCUGUUGGCUUGGAGAACGGACAGUCGAGACAGGUCUCGGAGGUGCCCACGGAAGGCGGCGAAGAGGGUGAGGCUAUGGAGGUGACGAAUGAAGGCGAGGAAGCGAUGAUGGCCAUGAUGGGCUUGACUGGAUUCGGGACGACGAAGGGCAAGCACGUCGAGGGGAACCAGGAAGGCAGCGUGCAAAUCAAGAAAAUCCGAACGUGGCGUCAGUACAUGAAUCGACGGGGAGGGUUCAACAGGCCAUUGGACAAGAUCAAAUAG